AUGUUUACUGCAAGGAGAAGUCCUGUGCCUCCACAUCAAGCGGGCGGGCUACGAAGGGCGUCUGAGUUCAAGAUGCCCCCGUCUACCAGACCUCUGACGCAAGACGAGAGGCGUCACCGUGCGUUGGAAGAACAGAAAUCGGCGAGUUAUGAACGGAUUAACGCGGCGAGGAAUAUUGAUAGUAUGGCAUUCCUUUCUUUGGGCAAUGAGGAUGAGGAGGAUGAAGAUAGGAAGAGGAAUAGAAGGAGGAAGAAUCGUAGAUACGCAGAUGUUUGUAUGUUUGCUGAGCUGUUGGAGCUUCAAACGGAACACGAUGGCCUUCCUCACAACCUUGAGACGGGCUGGGUAGCGCUAGCACCGAUACCGGUUGGGAAACGGUGUCUUGCUGUGACCUAUUCAGGAAAGGAUUACAGGACCUCUACACAGUUGUUUUCCCGUUUAAAGGGAGCAAGGUUCCUCAAAUUCCCCUCGCCUUUACCCAUGAACUCGAUUCUCGAUUGCGUAUUGGAUGCAAACUGGGAAGUCAAUGGGAUUAUUCAUGUGCUGGACAUAUUACGGUGGCACGGUAAGGAUUUCACAGACUGUGAAGCUAAUUUUAGAUUCUGGUGGCGGGACUCGAGAAUCUCGGAAAUAACACCAUUGCCACCAUCCCCCUCAAUGGAAUUUGAUUUUGCAUCGAUGGCACAGGCUGAACGGGAGAUACCGUUGACGUUUCAAUAUCCAUAUGUUUUCUUGCCGGUUCCGUAUUACACACCCCCAAUAUCCAUGGAGAUGUUUUUGACCACUGUGAUCCCGGCUGCGAAGAUGACGAGGUCGUUCGAGGUAAAGUUGCCCCCUGCGUUGCCUUCGACAUCUUGGGCUGGAAGGGCUCUGCAAACAGGUAUUGCGACCGACGGUUUAUUAUUGUACGUAUCGGAGGCAUCGUAUCAGUCGGGUGAGACUCCAUUAUCGACUUGGGUGCCCACCAAGCCGUUGGAAGGUGGCCUAUCGAACCCCGUAACACUGGAUCUAUUUGAAGCGUGA